UGGACAUUGUACUAGUGUCCUAUCAGACCUUGGCUAGGGAAUGGAGAACUGAGACAGCCAGCAUCAUACUCGCACACCGUUGGCACCGGGUCAUUCUAGAUGAGGCGCAUCUAAUAAAGAACCCUUCGCGGGUUACUGCCAAGGCUGCGUUUGCCCUGAAAGCUGACCGACGAUGGGCCGUCUCCGGGACACCAAUACAUAAUCGCCUAUCCGAGCUAAGUAGUCUUUUGCGAUUUGUCGGUGCCUUUCCUUAUUCCGAAAAGAGAGUUUUCGACGAACACAUAACGCACCUCUGGGGUUCGGACAAACACCAGCAGGCAGUUGGUCGACUCAAGCGCCUACUCAGCUUCGUGAUGCUUCGCAGAUUUCAGAAUGACUUGGAUUUACCGUCCCGAACCAACCUCAAGCUAUUUCUAGACUUCGACGAUUAUGAGAGGGCCACCUACAACAUUGCCAAGGAACGAGCGAUCAGGUGUAUCGAUGAUAUCUCGACAUCAGAUAACUCAAGAGAAAGUUACAAUAAUGCCCUCCAGAAAAUCCACUCACUGCGCGUCAUAUGUAACCUUGGGGAUUCUGUAACCCAGGAAUCCCAGAACUCACUGCCACCAUGGAAUUUCUCGGAGGGAGUCGCCUGGGACGAAACAUCUGCCUGGAAAUUUCUCGAAGCAUUGCCCUCUUUGGGGAUCCCCAUUACGUGUACUAACUGUGCUGCCUCUAUCGAGACUUCGUUUGACGUCACUAGUGAAGUCGUAUCUGUUUACCUGACCAGGUGUCUCCGAAUUUGGUGCUCCUUAUGUUACAGGGACUCAUUACCUGCUACUGGCCUUAAUCUCUGCGCUUGCACUUCAGCUUGUCCUUCAGUUAAGGUUACACUCAAGAGCACCCCUAGAAGAUCAUCUAACGAAAUUACAACCCCGGGAAUUGGUAGGUUUCCCACAAAGAUCCGGAAAUUGGUUGACGACUUGCGACAACAAGCUGGUGAUGUAAAAAGCAUCGUAUUCUCCUCUUCGCUAGAAACCUUAGAUCUCAUCCACAGCGCGCUCAAACAGGCAGGGAUAACUUGUGUUCAGGUUGACGGCCGGCUAAAAUCCAAGGAACGAAAUCUUGUUUUUAACGAGUUCAGAAGCCGGGAGAUCAUUAACGUGUUGCUUCUCUCCUUUCAGUGCGGUGCGGUCGGACUGACCUUAACUGCUGCUUCGCGCGUGUAUCUAAUGGAGCCACAAUGGAACCCCUCCAUUGAGGAGCAGGCCCUCGCUCGAGUUUACCGAAUUGGCCAAACUCGAGAUGUCACCACCAUUCGAUUCAUCAUGAAUAACUCGAUAGAAAAGUAUGUGCUAGAAGUUCAAGACAAGAAGAUUAACAUGAUCUCUGCCGCCCUCUCCGCUAUGGGAGGGUCGUCUCGAGGACUCGCUGGACAGCGACUCAGAGAACUGCGAGACCUACUUGAGUAGCAGUGCGACAUCAUGGAGAAAGGUUUACGGACGGUUGGCCUCCCAACUCAUUGAUAACUCCUUCAUGGCGUGCGUUCACUUUUGCUCCAUGAUGCGCGGAUAGCUAGAGUUGUUCGCAAGGAAAGCAAUGGAAUAAGGGUAAGAAGGUAUAUAUUAACUAACUAGAAAAGAAGGAAAGCUAUUAGAGAGUAUGGAGCGAUUUAUAAGUAUAUAUAAUAGUACUUAGCUAGCUUAAGUAAGCUAAGUAGUUCCUACUAGGGGUAUAUGCCUACGUAAUAUACCCCUUAGUUAAGCUUACGAUAGUAAGGUUAACUAUAGUCCUUUACUUACGAUAGUAGCCUAAGGGGUUAUUCCUUAGUUUCGCUAUGCUUCGUUAAGGUUAAUCGAUUACUAGGUACCUUAUCUCGGGC